AUGAGGAAUCGAACGCUUGUUGGAGCAAGCAUUGUUGCAGUCCUCUUGGGCUUUGUUCCAGCAUUGGUGUUGUCUAGAGAUGCCGUAACGUCCUCAAAAAGAAGACGAUUUGAGAUUCGCGUUCCUCAAGUCAUUGAUAUCGAGGCCCCGGCAGUAUGUCUCAAGACACUAAGAGACGAGGAAAAUUGCCAGGGAGAGUUCUUCUCUUCGUUCCUCGUAACCUACCGUGGAGGCAAAGGGCUCUUGGAUGAUAUUCCCAUGGAUCUGAUUCUCGCAGAUGUCUACAAUGGGCAUGCCGACGUAGGGACAGUUGCGCCUGUGGUGACAUCGGUAUCGAUCAACCCUGGAAACCGAUCUUCGCUGUUACCUCGAUUAAGGGACGGUUUCCAUCAAAGAGGAAGGCAUCAGCAGCUGUACGGAGUCACAGGGACAUCACGGCAAUGUUGCGACGACACAGGAAUCGUGCAUGUGCAUCUCUUGCAGCCACCGCAAGAGACUCUUCAACCACCAAACCACUCAAAUCGCCACCUUGUGGCUAAUCCCCCUCGCAGACACACCAGCUCGAUUCCUACCAAGCCGAGUCUGAUGGAUGCCUUCAAUCGAGCAAUCAUGGUGGCAUCCUCUCAACCGCGGCGAAGACUGCAAGAGGAUACAAUGGCACCAAGUCCAAGUGAAAGUACACAAGUCGACUGUGGCUCAGAACAACGAGACUUCUCGGCAGAAGUGUUUGCUGAUUUCGCAAUCGAAAGCUCUGAUUCGCUGACGGAAACAGACAUGGCGGUCUUGGAAUCUGCCUUCCAAGAUACCUACAAUGCAUUGUCUUACUUUCUCUGCGAUUACCACUUUCGCAACAUUUACAGUACGGAGCUAGUUCUUUCUGAAGUUGAGACGUCCCCAACCGGAGAUAUGGGCACAUCUGUGACUGUGAUUUUUCAAGUGGCGGCAACGUGUCGAAACUGCAAUGUCACGGAAGGAUCUUUCGACCUCUUCGAUGGCUCCUCAUCCCAGCGAAGGCUCGGCGAACAAACGGUUGACGAUCCUUUUUCAGACUCGGUCAGAAGGGUCCAGGAGGAAGCUCUUUGCUUUUGCCCGAAUGGAACUCAGCCCAAUCCCAACGGAACAGCAGUUACAUCAGAUCUCUUCCUCGCAACCUUCAAUGCACGCGUUGCAUCUGCCACUGACACACCGAUUAGUGUGAAUGGCUUCGCGGAGGGGCAAGAAGUUCUGUGUAGCUCAGAUGUACAAGUCUUCAACACGGAGGUCUUUUCCGAACUGACCGUGAACUUGACAACGGUGACAGAACAAGACAUUGCCGCUCUCGAAGCCCUUUUCAUGUCAAGCUAUAACACGUUGGCCUUUCAAAGCUGCGACAAUCUCUUUCGCACCGUGACGCUUGUCAGAUUGAACGUUGGCCAAACCAGUAACAUCUUUCCAAAUCGACGGGAUCUACAGCAGCAAGAGUCUUCCGAGUUGAACAACAACAAUACUACGGGGAAUGAAACAGUACCAUCAGACAUUGGUUCAACUGUUUUCUCUGUGACAGGUCAAUGUAGAGGUUGCCCUGUUACGUCAACUGGUCAAUUCGAGUUGUUUGAUGACUCCUUUCGCCGCCGUCGGCUUUUUCCAGUCCAUGGGAGGCAUGGCAAACGUCGAAUGCAGGAUACUUCCAAUACAACAGCUUGCGUAUGUCCAGUCGGAGUAGAGCCCAGUGAAGGUCAAGGCCCGACUGCCAUGGAAUUUGAGGCGCUUUUCACAACGGAGAUCGAGGAAGCGGUGGAUACUGGGGAUGUUCAGGCUGUGGAGACAACCGCGACCGAUGUCAAGGAAGGGCAACAAGUCGACUGCAGCGAGGCGGUUCAAUCGUUUGAAUCUGCCGUCGUUACUAGCCUUGGUGUAGACGUCAAUACGCUUAGUGCCGACGAAAAAGUAGCCGUCCAAGACACUUUUCAAGACUCCUACAAUUCAGUUUCGUUUUCCGUGUGUGACGGGAGAUUUCGAGUUGUGUCAAAAGUGAAGCUUUUGGGAGCCGAAUCUGAACUUGGUCGUCGCUUGCAGGUCAGUGGGGGGAAUGCGUCGAUGGUUGAAAUCAAUAAUGUGACUGGAGUAUCGUCGGCAGCUGUGUUUUCUGUGACAGGGACCUGUCGAUCCUGUCCUGUCACUUCUACGGGUACCUUUGAACUCUUUGAUGAUAGCUUUCGACGACGACGGAGAUCACUGGCCCAGAACAGAACGCCUGGCAAAAGAUCUGCCGAUUCAAGCCGAAUGCUGCAAGCUGGUGGGUUCAAUGGGUGCAUAUGCCCUCUUGAUGUCAGUCCUUCUGAAGAAGGAGACGGGCCAACAUCUGGAGAGUUCGCGCGUCAGUUUAAUGCAGAGCUUGCUGCAUUGGAUGAAGCUGGCACGCCGCUCCCCGUUGAACCUGUCACCGAGAUCAUUGAAGUUGACCCCGUACAAGCUGAAGCACUUUUGGCCCCCGGGACCCUCCCCCCAAGCCAAGCGCCUGCAGCAGCACAGCCCACUGCAUUGACUCCAGAACCAACACCAAAUCCAACUCCCAAUCCAACACCCAAUCCAACUCCGGACCCAACACCCAAUCCGACACCAAAUCCCACACCGAUUCCAACACCCAUGCCAACCUUUAUGCCGACAUCAAUCCCAACAAGCACAACCCAACCAACUUUGGUACAAUCAGAGGGACCAAGUGCCUCAGAGGGACCUAGUGCCAGCACAAACCCAUCACUUGCCCCCUCCACCAGUCCAAGUGGUAGCGAGGUUCCCAGUAAAUCACCAAGUGCAAUGCCAAGUGUUAGCCAGGUUCCCAGUGUAUUGCCAAGUGAAAGUCCAAGCAUCCAGCCAAGCUUGCUACCAAGUGAACACCCCAGCAUUCUACCAAGCAUGCUACCAAGUGAAAGUCCAAGCAUUCAGCCAAGUGGUAGCCAGCUUCCCAGUGUGUUGCCAAGUGAAAGUCCAAGCAUUAUACCAAGCAUGCUACUAAGUGAAAGUCCAAGCAUUCUACCAAGCAUGCUACCAAGUGAAAGUCCAAGCGUUCUACCAAGCCUGCUACCAAGCCAUGUACCCUCAAACAGUCCCAGCCAGCUGCCUACUGCUUUACCAUCAGAAACCCCAUCAUUUUUGCCAAGCACUAGCUCAAGGCCAACAAAUGAUGACCCUACAACAAGUACACCAACAGCCCCUCCAACAAUGCCACCCACAGAACCACCAACAGCCCCUCCAACAAUGCCGCCCACAGAACCACCACAGAUCCACCAACCGGACCACCAACAAAUCCCCCCACAGAACCACCAACAAAUCCACCCACAGACCCACAAACAAAUCCACCCACAGAGCCCCCCACAGAUCCACCAACCGAACCACCAACAAAUCCACCUACAGAAACUCCAACAAACCCGCCAACAGGAAGUCCAACAAAUCCACCAACAACCACCAACAAACACCCACAGACCCACAAACAGACUCACCAACAACAGAAGCUCCAACAAAUCCACCAACAAAUCCACCCACAGACCCACAAACAGACUCACCAACAACAGAAGCUCCAACAAAUCCACCAACAAAUCACCAACAAAUCCACCAACAAAUCCACCCACAGACCCACAAACAAACUCACCAACAACAGAAGCUCCAACAAAUCCACCAACCGAACCACCAACAAAUCCACCCACAGACCCACAAACAGACUCACCAACACAUCUGCCAACAGAAGCUCCAACUGAGCCGCCAACUGAGCCUCCCACCGAGAUCCCAACUAUGUUUUCGGUGACUCUUCCUCCGACAAUGACCCUGCCUCCUCCUCCGACAAUGUCCCCCUCAUAG